UUUUUUUUUUUUUUUUUUUUGGGGUUUCAAAAUAAAUAAAUAUAAAUAAUAAAAUAAUAAAAGGAUACAGCGGCAAAGUAGUGGGAUCUAAGAAGAAAGCAGAGGAAAAAGGAAAGAAGGUUGCCAAAGUACCGCUUCUAGCCGAAGUUAGUUACUCGAUUAUUCCAUGGAAGGGUUAGUGGGUUCUUCACAAAUCGUCAAAAUUCCUAUUCAUGGUAGAAGAAAUCACCUUCAUUUUGUUCCUACAUUCUCUCUGCAAUUUGCUAGGAGUUCUUAUAAAAGUCAUUUUGGGAUGAAGAAACAACCAAAUUCGUGCAGCCCAAUUGUUGCUUCAGUUCAACCAUUAGAAACAUCGACACCAAGCCGCUUCAAGAACACGCAGCCAUCUAAAGAGGUUCUUGAGUUAUGGAAAAAUGCAAAUGCUGUGUGUUUUGACGUGGAUAGCACAGUGUGCCUGGAUGAGGGUAUUGAUGAACUUGCAGAGUUUUGUGGAGCUGGAAAGGCUGUUGCCGAAUGGACUGCAAGGGCAAUGAGUGGUUCUGUACCUUUUGAGGAUGCCUUGGCCGCCAGACUAGCACUGUUCAAUCCUUCCCUGUCCCAACUCCAGGAUUUUCUCGAAAAGAAGCCUCCAAGCCUUUCUCCUGGAAUAGAUGAAUUAGUGAGGAAGCUGAAAGCUAAUAAUACUGAUGUUUACUUAAUCUCAGGUGGCUUCCGUCAAAUGAUUAAUCCUGUUGCAUCUAUUCUUGGAAUACCACCUGAAAACAUUUUUGCCAAUCAACUACUAUUUGGAGAAUCCGGGGAGUUUCUUGGGUUUGACAAAAACGAACCAACUUCAAGGAGUGGAGGAAAAGCAACUGCAGUGCAACAAAUAAGGAAGGCUCAUUGCUACAAAACACUCAUCAUGAUUGGGGAUGGUGCAACUGAUCUUGAGGCCCGUCAACCAGGAGGUGCUGACUUGUUCAUUUGCUAUGCUGGUGUUCAACUUCGAGCUGCUGUUGCAGCAAAUGCUGAUUGGCUUGUUUUUGGUUUCAGAGACCUGAUAAGUUCCUUGGACUAGAAUAAUAUCUCUUUAAGAUUUAUUUCAUUUUUGGUUCUGUAAUACGUUUUCUGCAAACCAGCAUUCAAUUUGUAAUGUCAUACACGAUGACAUUAUUCUUUAUAAUUGAUAAGGGUAUAAAAACUUAUAUAAGAUGAAUUAGAGUUAAAGUA